AUGCAAGAAUUAUCAAGGCUUGCUACCAACAGCCGUAACAAUCUUGGACAAAGUGGGCUUCGAUCCCAAGAGAACAAUUUUCAGCACAGUCCACCGGAAUUCAAAGGCAUAUCUUUGACCUAUUACGCCCCUUGCAAGAUCGGAGAUGAAGAAUGGAUUACAGAUCCCCAACUUGCUGUGCCUGAUGCCUGGUUAGGUGAAGUACGCCUAUUCCAGAAAGAGAAUGAUGCUAGAGAGUGGGUAACAGCUCAAAUCAAAGCCAGCAAUUCUGUCCCCGUGCAAACCUCUCUCCGCAAGGAAACCAGUCUUAACUCAGAAGGCCCCAGGUAUCCCCAAGAUGACAAUAUCGAUCGUUUCUCAGACGCUGUACAUUCUCAAGCUGCUGGCCAUAGACCAGGUCGUACCUCGUCUUACACGUCAUAUAGCGAUCCACAUAUGAUAGAAACUGGUAGUAAAUUGAAUUUAGAAGCAAAAUCUUACGUGCCAUCACUCGCAAAGGCCAACACGUGGCCCGAACAAAACACGUUUUUGGUCAAGGAAAAGGAGUUUCCCAAAAACUGGGAGAUGAACGAGAGACGAGAUGAAAAGAUUGAGCGAGGAAAAGCGAGGUUGAUUGACGAAACAAAAAGAAGGAUAGAAACUUCAAAACCAACCCACUAUUUACAGAAAUCGGGAUCAAGUAGGAUCCUAAGUGAGGAAAAGCCCAACGCACAACCAGAUAAUUUAAGAUUUGAUAAGCCAGAGUUCUCAGAACUAGAGACGGAGUCUGUUCAAACUUGGAGCCAUGAUGAGAGAGAUAAAAAAUCGGGGAGGGAUCUCGAAAGAACAAAAGGAUUUCAUAAAGCUCCCAUGAGGGGACAAUUGCGUACAAGCAAAGCAAUCAAUCGUGAGACGGAAAAGGGCCGUGGUCACUCGUCAGAAGAGAAAUUGCACCGACCGAAGAUCGUAACGUGGAGUAAGAAGAAAACAUCAUCUAUGACCCCAAAAGUUGAUCAAAAGGGUAUUGCAGCAACUCAAGAAGAUACAAAAGGAAAGGAAAGGCUGAACCCGACAUUGAUGAAGGAGGCUUGCCAUGAAGAAUAUCACAAUGUCAACCCAUUUGCCGUGAUAAGAGGAUCACAUUUAGGACAAGAACCUGGUCAGAAAGACACGGGAGCAUCUAGUGAUAUCUUGGAUACGACAAACACUGUGGCAAAUAAUGCAGACAAUGUGUCUGUGAAUAUAAAAGAAGUAGAUGAAGCAUCUUCACAAGGUACCACAGAUUCAAAAAAGCAUAAAAAGAAAACUCGGAAAAUCAAAGCAAGCUCUUACAACAAGAAAAACAAAAUGCCACUGAAUGAUGAGUGGGAUGAUAUUCCUAUCGCCCCAUAUAAUCAAGAUGAAGUAAACUUGAACAAGAGAUUAUGUAUGGCAAAGAUACUUCACCAUGUAUUGAAAUCACAAAACAAGCAAGAGUUCAUGACAAUUAACUUGUCAGAUGAAGCAUUCAAAUCUGUUGCAGCAAUUCAACCUUCUGAUGACAUAGGCUCUAUCUUGGAGGAUUUGGAUUCUUAUCAAGCAGAGUUUAAUGUGUUGAUUGGAAAGCCUGAAUCAUACAGAAGAUUCAAGGCUCUGAGAUCUCAGCUCACUCAAAGGAUUAUCACAAAGAAUUGGAAAGCAUUGAAAGAUAAAUGUGAUAGCUCUGUGAAAGAUAUUGUAAGACUCUUAGGUGGACACUUACAAUGGCCAAUUUUUUAUGAUACAAGAAACGGAGAAAGUGAAUUAAUUGUGGAGAAGAUUUCCCAGCUCAACCCUCAGCAAAUUAUAAUGCUUCAAUCAAUCAUAGAUGUAGAUGAGCAGGAGAAUCGUGUGGCAACAAUGUAUGCCAUGGAGCGUAUCAACAAGGAAUAUGUGCCAAAGGUCUUUACAGAGAAGAAACUACAGUAUUUUCAAAAACAAGGAGUAUGUAUUCCAUCAAUUCUCAAGAUGGAGCAUCUGUUACAUCUUACCUCUCCACUUGAAAAUGAAUGCAUUGAGACAAAAACUUCUGCUGAAAAGAUUCUGGAAAUCAUUGAUUUGAUGGAUGGUGAGAUUGAUACAGUCCAUGGACAAACCUUCAUUUCAGAUGAUAUAGAAUGGAUCAAUUCUCCUGUGCGAAAGUGUUUUGUUGAAGAAAAUGAAGGUUUGAAAAAGGUCUUUGAGGAAUGUCUGUGGAGAUUGGUUUCCCAUGGAAGAAUUCUUGGGAUUCCAUAUGAAGCCCUAGAUGAGGUGGGAGCCAUAGGAAAAGUGGAUCUGAAGAGCCAUGUGAUCUCACUUGAUAGAGCAUUGAUAGCCACUCAUUUUAGCAUUUCAAUUCAGGAAUUAGCAAAGACUCAGUUCUUACACCCUGAGGAGAUUGCAGCAGUUUUUGAAGCUCUCAAAGUUUCCUCUGAAGCCCUAAGGGAUAGAUGGGUUCAACUAAAUUUGUUUGUUAAAAGAUUGAAAUACAAAGUAAUGUUGGCCAUAAUGGUUUAG